CACACAACCAUGGAAUUUCCAAGCAUGGGAGAUCAGUGCUCAAUCAAAGAUUGCCAACAACUAGAUUUUCUACCAUUUACUUGUAAUAACUGUCAACUUGUGUUUUGCAAGAUACAUUUUACUGGAACAUCUCACCCUUGCUCUCAAUCGAAUAAUGUAGUUGAGACUACAAUUAGUUCAAUCGCCACCUAUAAAUGCUCACAAAGUAGCUGUACAACCACAUCAGUUGUAGAGAUGUUAUGUAUUAAGUGUAACAAUCACUUUUGCUUAUUGCAUCGGCAUCACGGUUGCUUUGAACCAACCGAGCUGGAAAAGCAAGAUAAUUUAAUUCAAUGGGAAAAACCAAAACAACAAUUCACCGAAGCAAAAGAUGCUGUUGACAAGGAAAUAAUGGAGAAACUUAAAAAAUCAAAAAAUUCUUCUACAUCAAUAAAGAUAAAAUUGAUGAAACUUAAGGCUAAAGCGAAAGGUCUGAAAAGUAUACCAGCUACAGAGCGUUGUUAUUUUCUUGUGCACCCUCCGAUGACUUGUUCAGCCACUGCAAUUCCAAAGGACUCAAGGGGUGUUUUUGUUUCCAUCAAUUGGACCAUUGGCAAAGUCAUUGAUUCCAUAACUGAUACUUUGAAUAUUCCUAACUUCAACAAUCAAGCAACUGCAAAAAAAUUAAGAUUUUAUAACUAUUACACGGGUGUUAGUGUAUCAAAUCAAAUGGAUGAAAUUUUGAGUAAGUUUAUAAAUGACAAUAGGUUGAUUAAUGGCCAAGAGGUUAUUUUAGAAUACUCCGACAGUGAUACCAUAGAACCUCAUUUGUACAAAUAAUACUUAAUUGUAAACUCUGUACAAUAAUAUUCAUAAAACACUUGUCUUGAAUGUAUUCGUUGAGCCUGAUUCUGAGGUAACCAUGAGAAAUAAAUGAAUUGAUACUUUGGAGAUAAGUUAAAAAUAAAAGUUUUUGCUGAA